AUGGUGGGGCUGAACAAGGACAAAGAAAUUGUGGCAUUUCCUGUUUGCUCUGCGUCAGAGUGCGAGCUGUGUGUUGCCAAAAUGAACGGGGAAAGAGAUAGACUGCAGACUGAGCAGGAGCUUAUUAAGGGCGUGCGAAGCAGCCUUUCACGGCUUUUGUUGCCAAACACCGCAUCGCAACUGGAGGAAGGCCCCACAUAUUAUUUAGUGCCUGCUGAUUGGAUGCUCAUGUGGAGGCAGUGGGUCAACACCAAGGGCAAGAUGCACAGUGGCAUGCCCAUCACCCUGAACGAUGCCAUGUCAAAUUUGCUAUGCCGUUGUGGCACGCACACUCCUGGCUUGGCCAUCGAAGUUCCAGCAGUCCACUCCAUCAGGGGCAGGUGGUCCGUCAGCCAUGACGCUGUGGAGCUUGCGACAGAUGAUGAAUGGAGGCUGCUGUGCAGUUUCCAUUCCAAGGGCCAGUGCGAUGCUGUGACCUGCAAAUUGGAAGUCAGAACAGAAAGGGCUAGUCAGGAAGACCAGGAAGAGGGUCCUGAGACAAAGAAACUUGCUGGAGAUGGUAGUAAACCAAGUAGAACGAUGCCCACAAGCUCAACGCCUGAACUGAUAAUCUCCCCGGAGCCUUGCCAGGCACAUUUGACGCAGCCCUUCACGAAGGAGCGGUUCGAGGUCUUGGAAAUGGCGGACGAGUCGAUGGUCCUGUCUGCCAAACCGGGAGGCCGCAGGAAGAGGUCCCGAUCGGAGGCGAGCAUCAAAAUCAGCUCAGCAGACAACUUGAAGCACGUGAAGUUGUUGAUAUUCGAGGCGCUGGGCAUUCCCGUGCCAAACCAGCGCGUUUUCGUGCAUGCGCGGGAGCUCAUGCGAGACGACGACAGCAUGGAGGAUGCCGGGCUGCGCAUCGGCACUCUCAUGUACGUCGUCAAUACCCACGCUGUGAGCGACCACGACAUGAGCUGGCUGGACGUCGAGAUUGGCAGGUCGAUGGGCGCACCAAUAGGGGUUGAAAUGGGGUUCAAGAACACAGCGUUGCAGGGUAUUUUUUGA